GGCAGCCCACUGGUGAUGGAUCCCAUCAGUAUCUGCCGGAAGGCCCGGCGCUUGGCAGGAAGACAAGCGGAGCUGUGCCAGGCGGAGCCGGAGCUGGUGGCCGAGCUGGCUCGGGGGGCCCGUCUGGGAGUCCGCGAGUGCCAGUUUCAGUUCCGAUUCCGCCGCUGGAACUGCUCCAGCCAUAGCAAGGCCUUCGGAAGGAUCCUGCAGCAAGACAUCCGGGAGACGGCCUUCGUGUUCGCCAUCACGGCGGCGGGGGCGAGCCACGCGGUGACCCAGGCCUGCUCCAUGGGCGAGCUGCUGCAGUGCGGGUGCCAGGCCCCUCGCGGCCGGACCCCCGGCCCGUCCGGUACCCCCGGCCCACCCGGGACCCCUCCCCAGGCCGCCGAGGGCAGCGCCGCCUGGGAGUGGGGGGGCUGCGGGGAUGAUGUGGACUUUGGGGAUGAGAAAUCCCGGCUCUUCAUGGACGCCCAGCACAAGAGAGGGAGGGGAGACAUCAGGGCCCUGGUCCAGCUGCACAACAACGAGGCCGGACGCCUGGCGGUGCGGAGCCACACGCGCACGGAGUGCAAGUGCCACGGGCUGUCGGGGUCCUGCGCGCUGCGCACGUGCUGGCAGAAGCUGCCACCCUUCCGCGAGGUGGGCGCCCGGCUGCUGGACCGCUUCCACGGGGCCUCCCGGGUCAUGGGCACCAACGACGGCAAGGCCCUGCUGCCCGCCGGCCGCACCCUGAAGCCCCCGGGCCGGGCGGACCUCCUCUACGCCGCCGACUCGCCCGACUUCUGCGCUGCCAACCGGCGGACGGGCUCCCCGGGGACCAGGGGGCGACCCUGCAACGGCACUGCCCCCGACCUCAGCGGCUGCGACCUGCUCUGCUGCGGCCGUGGGCAUCGCCAGGAGAGCGUCACCCUGGAGGAGAACUGCCUCUGCCGCUUCCACUGGUGCUGCGUCGUCCAGUGCCACCGCUGCCACGUGCACAAACAGCUCAGCCUCUGCCUCUGACCGAGACCACCCAA